AUGCCACAGAAACGUGCAGAACUUUCCGGCUGGAUGGCCGGCUUGGGUAGAGUUUUUGCUUGUUGGGCUAGCCGGGAUGAUGAGGGUGAUGAUGAGGGUGAUGAUGAGCUUGACGAACUGAACCAGGCAAUCACGAUGCUAGGAGACGCCAUCAGUCUCACGAGUGGCCAUGAUCCACGCCUCCCUUCACGAUUAACCGACCUAGCAACGUAUCUUACCCUCCGGUUCAUCUCAUCGAGCGACCUGAAAGACAUUGAUGAAGCCAUAACCGCCGCACGCGACGCCGUGAACCUGAUACCUGACGAUAAUCCGGACCUUGCAAUCUCUCUUACUGUCCUUGCAAAAGCUCUAUAUAAGCGGUAUAUAAAGACGAGUGUAAACCGCGAUCUCAACGACGCACACACCAAAGUGAUAAUGGCGACCGAGAUUGCGCCGGAGGACCUCCCAGAACUAGCCGACAUGUGGAUCCUCCGUGGAAAGAUUGAAAGCUCAUAUGAGGCUCAGAGGGAAGCCAGGCCUCUUGAUCGUAUACGCGCGGUCCGCAAAGCGAUUGAAGAUCAAUGGCAGUGGAGGACCUAUCGCAACAGCCGCGAGGCGGUAGAAGCUGCGGUGGAACUUCUGUCAACAGUGUGUAGCCGUUAUGCUACUCGACAUGAGCAGUUAACGGCUGUGAGGAACACAUCGGGCUUUGCCGCGGAUGUAUGCUCCAUUCUUCUCGAAGAGUCAGAGUCACAUUCAAUCGAUUCGAAGCCUGAACAGUCUCUAGAAUGCUUGGAGCAAGGACGAGGCCUGAUUAUCGGCUACGUCACUGAAAGUCGUACGGAGAUUUCGAACUUAAGACAGAAAUAUCGAAGGAAAGCACAGGAGCUUGAGCAGCUUCAGCAUGCGGCAUCCUUGCGUUUCCAUACGACAAUGGACGUGCUGUCACAGCAGAGAUUACUGUUCGAGCGCGAUGAGGCAGCGUCACAGAUUGAGCCCUUUCUGGCGGGUAUUCGGUCGCUCCCUGGCUAUGAGCGGUUUCUCCUACCCCCUUCCCUGCAGACCUUGAGGGAUACAGCCUCCGAGGGUCCGAUCGUGAUUGUGAAUGUGACGGAUAUCAGCAGUGCCGCUCUCAUUGGCCGGCCUUCUCCUUGGCCAGUGAAACAUAUUGAGCUGCCCGACUUGGACACUUUUGAUAUUGAAAGUUUCCAACCAUUCUCUCUAACGGGGCCCGGAUCGAGGUAUAUUGGGGCGGAAGAAUUCGAAUCCACAGGCAGUGACUUCCUCAUAUUCCUUGAGAGACUGUGGUUUGACUGGUUUGACUGCGUCUCCCCGAUUCUCGAGGAAUUGCAGUUUUCCCCGCCUAAGCGUGACGGUGGCGACCUUCCGCGUAUCUGGUGGAUGGGUACCGGGAUGGCCAGUUCUCUCCCGUUCCAUGCAGCCGGUUGCCACACACCGGAGUCCGUGGAGAAUGCCUAUAGUUGCGUUGUUUUCUCCUACACCCCGUCUCUGAAGACACUGCGAUAUAUUAGGGAAAGGGGGAAUCGAAAGCCAGAACGCCGGACGACGUUACUCGUUACGAUGUCCACCACUCCACGAGCCAAUGAUCUACCAGGAGUAGCCACCGAAGCAGACGCGAUUCAGGAGACCAUGCACCCAGUAAAGAUACUGAGCCAGCCAGACUCAGCCACCGUCAUGGGCGCCCUGAAUGAAUACAGUAUUGCCCAUUUGCAUGCCACGGGUGCUCGGAUACCAUUAACCUCGCCGAGAGCUACCUCGUCCUCCAAGGACGGGACGAUCUCGUCCCGGAUAAGCUCACCCUCCAGAGCAUCAGCGAAGCUGAUUUAA